AUGCCGCAAAUAUACUCGGUUCUCGCGCUCGUCUCUGGCGGCAAAGACUCCAUCUUUGCCUUGCAACUCUGCCAAACGCACGGACACAGGAUAACGGCGUUAGGUAAUUUGACGCCCGAGGACCAACACGUGGAGGAGUUAGACUCGCAUUGCUUUCAAACCGUUUCGCACUCGAUGAUUAACCUGUACCCUCAGUUAAUUGAUGAAAAUAUACCGGUUUUUAGGAGGAAACUGAUCGGUCGGAGCGUCCACACGGAUUUGAAUUACCCGGAACGAGGCGUUGAAACGGAUGAAAUCGAAGAUUUGAGAGCGUUGAUUCAAUUCGCGAAGGAGCGGGUGAAAGUCGACGCGGUGUGCUCGGGGGCGAUUCUGAGCGAUUACCAGAGGUUACGAGUGGAGAGGAUAUGUUUUGAGCUGAACUUAGUCUCCCUGAGUUAUUUGUGGAAACAAACGCCACAAAAGAGGUUGUUGGAAGAUAUCUUAAAUGUCGGGAGGAUCGAAGCGGUGCUCGUGAAAACAGCCGCGAUGGGGUUGGAUCCUAGGAAGCAUCUGGGGGAGACUUUAGCGGAAGUUAAGGAAGACUUGAUUAGAAUAGAGGAAGAGUACGGGUCACACUCGUGCGGCGAGGGUGGGGAGUUUGAGAGUCUGGUUCUAGACGCUCCGUUUUUUACUCGAGGACGGUUACGCAUCGAGGAGAGCGAAGUCGUGGAAACGAGCGCGGACCGGUUCGCCAGAAGUGGGCAUUUGAAGAUUUUGAGAGUGAGUGUAAAGAAGAAGGGAAAAGAUAACGAUGGUAGAAAAGACAAGUAUGCGAAUGAAGAAUGCGGAGAGGUCGUAUGGGUACCCGACGAUUACGUCGCGACUCCUCCUCCUCCUCCUCCUCCGACCUCUCUUUCGCUACGUUCUCUCGAUAUUCACGAUGAUAAUGCAAAGUUGAGUCCGAAUGUGGAAGUAUACUUGCAACGUAUGAAUAGUAGCAGCAGCGAUGGUAGUAACAGUAGUAAUAGUAGCAGCAGCAGCAGCAAGAGCAGCGAGAGCAAUAGCAUUAGCGACAACGAAAGUAGAACCGUAUGGUUGCGGUGUAAAAACAAAGCCAACGCAGACGAGGCGUUUCAAGAGCUCAAAUCAGCCUUAAAACGCGAAGGAGGAAUAUUUUCCAUCGAAGAACACGCGACGAUGACGCAUUGUUAUUUGAAAUCUAUGGAUGAUUUUGGUUCUUUCAAUGCCGCGUACUCGCGACACAUGCGCGCAGUUGAACCAAGCGCGAGAGCGUGUGUCGCGUUACCGCUGAAAGAUGAUAUUAGUUUUAUACUCGCAAUGGUUUUAUCACGCUCGAAAAGAAUCAAGAGUUUACACGUGGCUUCUAUAUCCGCGUGGGCGCCGGCAUGUAUCGGUCCGUACGCGCAAUUGUGUGGAGCUGGCGCAUUUCUGUACGUCGCUGGACAAAUCGGCAUGCAACCUAGAAAUUUAGAUUUAGAAUCGAACGUGUACGAGGAGGCGCGACGGUGCGUGAAAUCGUGUCAUCAGAUUCGUGAAGAGAUAUGCAAAAACAACGGCAGCGAAAAAGUGUCGUUCGCGAAACAAGCCGUGCAAACAACAUUCUACGCGUCAUCAAACAGGAAGACUGAGGAUGAAAGCGUGCACUCUGUGUCGUUUAAGGAAUACUGCCGUAAUCACGUUUGGGAUCCGAGCGAACCGUAUUGCGAUCCUCUCGUCGUGAAAGAGGAGAAAGAAGAGGAGAACAAGAACACGAACCAGGACGUGUACGUUGGGGGAGAAAAUAUAAGCGACAUGACGGAUCCAGAUUGUAUUUUUAUGCGAGAAAAACUGAGCGGUUUGUUCAUGUCCUUAUUUUUGACGGUGCCGAUGCUCCCGAAAAACGCCGCGAUGGAAAUCGAACCAAUCUUAGCGUCUUCGCUCGUGUUAUCACCUAACUCGAUGGACGAGGAUUCCUACACCAACGGAGAGCUUUGUUUUGACGCACGAACAAGCGUAUUCGGUAACUUUAAAGAAACAGCAAAGUAUAUCGGCCGCGUAAACGAGUGGGCGAGAAUUUUGAUUUUCUUCGAGCGUCUCGGCGACGAGGACGGGAAGGACGAAAGAGUCGACGUGGCGGAGCACUUCGAACGCAUCCGCGAAACGUAUAAACUCGCUCCAUUCGACGCGACGUCCGUUAAAGUGUACUAUUCUGAAAAGCACGGGACGAAAAAAGACGCAGAGUUUGCCUGCCGAAACUCUUUCAAUCAACUCUUUGACAAAAACUCUUCCUCCUUUACGAAAGACGAGGAGAAGAAGAAGACGCGUCAUCUCUCGCCGCCGACGAUUGCGAUACCGGUCGUCGAUUGCGGCUAUUUCGGGAAAGACAACUCCACAACGCGGUGCGCAUUCGCUCUCGAGCUCGUCUUCAUAAAGAAGUGA